CAGCUAAUUUUUAAUCGACGUGUCCCAGAAAACAUACCAAGAAGCAGCGGCUACGAUUCGUUUAGCUGAUCUUCUUUUGACCAAGUCGAACGCAUUUAAAAACUAUACAAUAAAAACAAAUCAAGAGAGAGUCUAUAAAUACACAACAAGGUCUAGUCUAUAAUCUCUCCCAUAACAAUAAGAAUAUGGCCAACCCCAACAACGAUUGGUCUCAGUUCUACAACAACCAAACCUUCUUCACCACCUCAACCACCACCACCACCACCGCAACGUCAGAUAAUUCUCCCGUGAGCUCAGAAAACCGCCGUGUUGCAAAGGCAACACGGCGGAGGUCUAGAGCCUCUCGACGUACACCCACUACACUUCUCAAUACCGACACAACCAACUUUAGAGCCAUGGUCCAACAAUUUACAGGUGGUCCAUCCGCCGUGGCUUUCGGUUCACCGUCCUCUGGUUUUAGUCUCACCUCGUCCGUUCCCGACGCCGGAACCUCUUCUGUGGGCUAUCAAUACGCUAAUUUUCAGAAUCAAGCGGUUAAUCACGAGCUACCGCAACAACAGCGACCGUAUAUGUUCUCGUCGGAAAACCACGUGAACACUCAUCUUGGCUAUCCUAAUACGGUGGUUCCCGAUGGUUUUGUGACGGCAGAUGAAAGUAGAGACGGUGGAAGAGGAGGAGGAGGAGGUUAUGGUCCAUCAUUGGAGAGGAAUAGCAAUACUACUUCAUGGUUGCAAUGAGGAAACAGUGGAUUAUUCUUUAGAAUUGUUUUUUUUUUACACCUAAAUAAACAAAACAUAAAAGGAAGAAAUGUUAGGUACUGACUUUGUUUGUAGCAGAACGAAAACUUUGACCAUAAUUUUUUUUUGGUUGUGCUUUGUUUAGUUUUCAUAUCUUGAGAAUAUUUCUUUGUGUUGUAAUCACUAUGUGGUUGCAUAUAUAAAUUGAAUAAAUUUAAAUUGCAU